AUGCAAAAUGCCUGUUAUUUUCUCCAAGGUUCUUGCCGUAAUACAAAUUCAACAAAAGCCUUCAUCUACUCACUGAUGAACUACAACAACGUUUCUGGAUACGCUGUGUACAAUCCUGUUAAGGUAGAAAUCAUACGCUGGCGGAGUAAUUUUACGUCAGUACCUGCAAAGAGUUGUGCUUCGCGCAGACCAUUCUUUAACAUUGACGUUGAGAUAACAAACAACGCUGCAAGCAAAAACGAUUCUCGCACUUAUUGUGGCGUCAACUACGACCUUCCCAAAGGUGCUGGCUAUGGUUAUGCAUGUAAAUUCUAUGCUGGAACCUACCGAUUUACUCCAACAGAUGUCGAAGUAUUCUACGAAACAACCUCUUAA